UGGUUCGUCGGGAUUUUGAAGCUUUGCUGUUGUUCCAUAAAAGUCGUCACAAGGGACUGGGUGAAGUUUUUUUUCCUCGUCCCACGGGAGCAGAGGUGGGCGGAACUUCUUAGCUCAAUAGCCCGGCAGAAAGCUCUUUCACAGAAAGAACCGGGGCAGAGAAGGACGUGAAGAAUUUUCCCGAAUUUGCUUUGGAGUCUGAAGCUAAAACAGACCCAAAAUGGAUCGGUACGGCGACCUUAAUAUGGACUUGGAGUGUGAUGGGGGAGACGUCGCGCAAAAGACGUUUUUUGGCGGCAUGUUCAAGCGAUCCUCCAAGUCGUCCGAAACACAGGACAAUCUGUCAGUCAGCAGUGAACUGUCAAAGAGUAACGAUAGUCUGAACGGCAACACGAAGGACAAGGGGGGCAUGUUUAAAGGCAUGUUUAAGAAGCAGCCUAAAUUGUCCAAAGAGCCACAGCAGGUAGCGCUCUCACAGCACAAUCCAGAGUUUUCGGUGAGCAACGACAGUUUAGAUGACAGUAAGCCGUCCAAGGACAAGUCUGGCAUGUUGGGUGGGAUACUGAAAAAAAAUCCCAAACGGGGACAUGCACGCAGGCCCUCACAGGAUCUUCUUGACAUCGACAUGUCCGCAAGCAAUAACAACGUGAACGACAACACCAAGGUGGCGCUCUCACAGAACAAUCCAGCGCUUUCGGACGGCAUCGGCAGCUUAGAUGAAGCCAAGCCAACCAAGGAGAAGUCUGGCGUGUUGGGCGGGAUCCUGAAAAAAACUCCUAAACGGGGACACGCACGCAGGCCCUCGCAGGAUCUUCUGGACAUUGACAUGUCCGCCAAUCACAACACUGUGAAUGAUCACACAAAGGAGAACAGCGGGAUGCUUAGAAAAUCUCCAAAAAUAGCACAGGAUGAUUUGUCCGCAAACGACGAGCAGUCAGGGAGCAGCAAUAACCUGGCCACCAACAAUAAGAACGCAAAGGAGUCGGCUGGAAUGUUUAGCGGAAUGUUUAAAAAAUCACCUAAGCUGUUAAGAAACAAAUCUCAGGAUGAUUUGUCUCAAUCCAGCGAACUGUCAGCCAGCAGUGAAAACCUCUCUGAGGGCGGGGCUAAGGAGAAAGGAGGAUUCUUUAGUGGAAUGUUCAAAAAGCCCAAACAAACUGCUGCAAGCAGAACUCAGUCUCAGGAAGAUUUGACGGCAGCCAGCGAGCUCUUUGCCAGCAACGACAGUCUCGCAGAGAAGAUGUCUAAGGACACGUCUACAGGCUCCAAAGAAAACCUGACGGAGAAGCCCAAAGUCAAACAGAACGGCUUCAGUGCCAUGAUGAAGAACGCCUUCUCUCUUGAUAAACCGGAGAAGGAGAACUCCGAUGCAGAUGUCAGUGAGGAGAUGUCGGACACCGACGAGAACCAGACCGGCCAUAAACGGAGCAAGCUGGCCGGCGCCAUGAACAUGUUGAAUCCAUUUCGGUCUGGAAAGGACAAGCACAGCGAUUCCAGUGACGAUGACACACCUGCCGCUAGUGACAAGUCGUCCGGCCAUAAACAGAACGCCAUGAUGGGAGCCAUGUCCAAACUGAAUCCAUUCAGGCCUGCCAAUAAAAAAGACACGGAAGACACGGAGGUGCUCAUAGAAGCUGACAAACAAAUGGAGGGGAAACAAAAACUCAAAAACAACGGCGUCGACAGAGAGCAAAAGCAGAGAAGUGAAACGUCGCCACUUCCACAUCAACCCGCCCAGGAGGAGAAGAACCGGGUAGAGGCUCAGGCCAAAGCCACGGCGAAACCAUCGGAGGACGCUAAGGUACAAACAUUUGACAACAAGAACAUGACGUCUCGGGAGAGGGCAGAUAAGGAAGCUCCAAAAGUUCCCCCCAACAAGCCUUCGCAGGAGGAGCUCAGGAGGCGAGCAGCCAACACAACUGUGCCCAAGCAAGAUAACCAGAACCAGGGCCAAUCAGAUGAUGAGCGUCUGAAAGAAGAUGGCGAGGGAAAUGAGGUGACCCCUGUGGAGAGCAAGAAGAAACACAAGCACUUCAACCCAUUUAUGCCUCGUGGCCCUGCCAAGCCUCCAUCAGACGACAAAGGGCCGACAGGCAAAGAAGAAGAAGAGGAUAAAGAGGUCGAGGAUGCUACCAACAAAUCCAAAGAGGUCAAAGUCAAGAAGCCAAAGCGACACAAUCCCUUCAUGCCUCGGGUCAAGAAUAAAGCGGCGCAGAGACGAGAUGCAGAUGCUGAGAACGAGGGUAGGAACAGGGGUUUGUUCGAGCGCCUGGAGGAGUUCCGCAUCGAUCCGUCACAGCCUGAAGACAGACAGGACAUGGAGGGUCUUAUGGAGUGGUGGAACAACGUGGAAUCUUGGGAGGACACGCCUCAGGAUGAAGACAUGUCGGAUAAAGAAGAAGCUAAGGCAUUUGCGGUAACGGCGGAGAAGGUUCAGAAGGGCAUCCGCGUGUUCAACAAGCUGUUCUCCGAGCGUGCCGAGAGCCUCUGGCAGCAUGUCAUCGACCUGAACGGCAUCGCCGAUGGCCUGGACAAGUUCAACAAAAACACUAAGAUUGCCCAGAUCACCGGCGGCUCCACCAGUGCUAUUGGCGGCGUGGCCACCAUUGCCGGCCUGGCCCUGGCACCCGUCACUUUCGGGACCUCCCUGAUUGUGACGGCCGUGGGGCUGGGCGUGGCCACGGCCGGCGGCCUCACGUCGGCCGGCGCCGGAAUCUCCAACCAGGUCAACAACUCCAUGGACCGCAAGAAGGUUGAGAAGAUUGUUCAGGACUACCAGGAGAAAAUGGCGGACCUCAACAAGUGCCUUAAGUUCAUCAAGCAGGGAAUUGAGAACUUGCGGCGCUUCGACCUCAUCAAGAUGAAGAACAACGCGUACAACCGUGACUUCCCCGUGCUCAGCAGCAGCUUUUACGAGGAUGGCGCCAUGGCGGGCAAAGCCAUCCUUAUCAACGCCAACGAGAUCAUGCGCGUGGUGCAGAUCGCCAACGUGGCGGGCAGCACUGCGGCACGCGCCGUUCAGAUCGCCAGCAUGGCCACCGGCGUCCUCACGGGCCUCUUUGUGGGCAUGGACAUCUACUUCGUGGCCAAGGACUCCAAGGAGCUGAAGAAAGGCGCCAAAUCCGAGUUUGCCGGCAAGAUCCGCGAGGUGGCCACGCAGUUGCACGAUGGCCUGGUGGAGCUCAACACCAUCCGCGAGGAGCUGCAGGGCACCACCACGCCGGAGGACCAAGACCACCAAGGGGGCGACGGCUCAGAGGGGAAGGAUAAGAAGACAGGGGGUUACGACUACGACAGCUCUGAAGAAGAUGAGAUUGACCGUAUCAAGAAAGCCAUCAAGAAAGACCUCGACAACAGGGAAUACGUAUGACAGACCAACACAGGCCACUGGGAAAACUAAAUGAACUACUGAGAUACGUUUGAGAGACAUUAUACAUUCCAUGAAUUAAAUACAAUCCUGGGAUGACUUGGAAAACAAAUAAGCACCCCUGAAAAUGUGGUUUACUCUACCAUACUUGCCUCGGUUAUUAUUUUGCCAGCUCAUUGCACAUCCAAUGUGUUUGUUUUUUACAUUUUUAUGAGAUGCAAAAAAAUAGAUUUUAAUAGCAGAAUUUUGAACACAAACUGCUAGCUUCUCUUUGGGGAAUGAAUGCCUCUCGUUUUAGCCGUGGAUUGUGCUCAUGGAGUUUUUGAUAUGCAAUGUCAGAGUGAUUCUUUUUUUUUUUUUUAAUCACACUAGACAAGAGCCUUUUUAUUGUUGUAAUAAACGUAAAUGGCGGCUGGCUAACGUUGGAGUCAACACUCACUGGACCUAAUGUAGAAAUCUUUAAUAUAUUUGGAGCAAUAUUUUAGCUUUGCGCACUAGAUUGUUCCUAGUGACAA